UAAUCAGAGAUUAAGUUAUAUGUUAAAUUUAACAUACUUAACGAGUUUGAUUGCCGACUAACAAUUUGAAACGAUGAUUUAAAAUUGCAAAUUAAAUACUUGGCAGUCCGGCAACGCCAUCGGCCGAAGCAGUCAGAUUUUUGGAAAUAAUUUUAGUUGCUCCUCCCCCGCCUCGCUGUCGUGUAUAGUGUGUGUGUCCCCUUCACGCGUGUUGAUAUCCAAAACAAAUAAUAAAUUGAAUUCUCCUCUUGCUAACUUAAAUGAAAAAUGCUUUGGUUAAUAAGCCAAAAUUAACGGCGCAGACGCAGCUGCAAAAUCUAAAUUAAUUCAAUUGCAUUGUGCAAGUGUUUCUAAUUGUAAAGAGAGAGAGGCACAGACACACACACACAACCCUUGUAACCGUAUUCCCCUCCAAAACCGACCGACCCCUCGCACAGAUCGACCAACGCAACGUACGCACGCGUGUCGAAAGUUUUGUUUUUGUUUGUUUUUAAAAAUAUAUUUUGUUUGUCUUCCUUUUUUUUUUUUCUUAAUUUGUGUUGUGCUUGUUUGUCGUGCUUAAAAAAAAGUUCACUUAUAUUGCAUUUUGCUCUUAUUGCUGGUGUUGUUUGUAAAUGCAUCCGCCCCCAUUGUGGUAUUUUGUGGACGGCUAUCUAUCAGCUUUGCCUACAGUUUCAUCUCAAUGUUCUCCGCAUCCAAUGGCAAAAUCAAGUUGCCACCGCCGGAUGCACAUGCAGUGACGUCACCCUUGCGUUGCCUCUUCAAUGGGCCGUUUCGAGAUUUACAUUUUAAUGCAACCGAUAAUCGUUUGAUACCUGUUCAUGAUGUUGUCUUCUUGGACGAUUUUGAGCAUAAUGUAAAACCAUUGAUUUAUAGGCCUGUGCCGUCGGAAGCUUCAUUACCGGUUGUCACUGUAAUAAAGAACACUAACAACAACAAUCACAUCACAUUGACGACAACAACAUUGCCUCCAAAUGAUCAUCAUCAUGAUGCCACCAGGUGA